AUGCCUCCGCAUUCUGUAUUUGAGUGGAUUGUCGGCCAAAAUCUCCCGAGGGAGAGGAGGCAGCCGCGUAAACAGCAAUUCGUCCGGGUUGAAAUGUCCACCGACGACGAGGCCGACACCGAUUCCGUCACCAUCACCUACCCGCGUAACAGCGCUACUCGACGGCACAAGAAACACAGGAGGUCCAAGGCGCCCAGCCCUCCUAGUCCACCCGAGGAAAAAAGAGUUACAUUUAGAGACAAGCCGCUCAAGUCUGCCUUGAAGAAGCCGCGCCAGCCGUCAUCCUCGGAGCCGUCCUCGAAUGACUCUUUGGAUGUAUCGUCGGAAGAGUUUAGUGAUUCCAGCGACGAUGAGAGCAGCGAGGAAGAGCCGAAGCCGAAGCCGAAGCCCAAGAGAAAAAAGAAGAAGGCGAAGAAGCCAGAGCCAUCUGACAACGAGGCAAGCAGCGGCGAUGAGAGUUCCGGGCCUGAAAAGCACAACGCACAAAACUGCUCUUGCACGUGUUGUUUAGCCGGGCUGAUGCUGUUGACCAAGAUGGAGGAGAUCAGCAAGAACAGCAAGAGCAGUGAGGCCGCACCAGCUGAAGAAAACAAGCCGAACCCAGAGAAGAACGGAAAGGGGAAGCAUGGCGAAGAAAAGGGUGGUGGCAAUGGAAAGGAAAACGACAAGGGGGGGGACAAGGGGGGGGACAAGGGCGGGGACAAGGGCGGGGACAAGGGCGGCGGGAAAGGAGCUCAGAGCAAGAAGGGGAAGAAAGAGAAAGAAGAGUCGGAGACAGAGGCUGAAGCUGACACAUCCGCCACGGCCGCUACCUCGGCUCCUGAGACAGCAACCGAAUCGGAGCCAGAGGCGCAGAAAUCGAAGAAAAACAAGAAUAAAAAGGAGAACGAGGAAAAGCAACCGGCCCAAGAACAAAAAAGAAUGAGGGCCAGGCCCAAAGACGGCAAGACAGAGAACACAACUUCCAAACAAGGGGAUACCGUUGACGACAAGAAACCCGAACCCCAACCUCACCCGAAUCUUAUUUUACCCGCCCGCGAUCGCAACCUUCAGGUACAACACGUGGUCGAAGACCCUGCCCGAGACACGCCCCCCAAUGCCUAUUUCGACAACGACAAGAAUGUCUGUCGAGUCUACCAUGGGCCUUAUUGGGGAUACCCCUACGGCCAACCCUAUCCUCCGGGAGGACCAGUUCCGCAGUACCCGGCUCCGGGUUGGCCGCCGGUCCCCGAUACGCAGGCCAUGCACGGCCGCCGUCCCAGUGCAGCGCCAGUCCCUCCCGGGUAUCCGCCAGUACCUCAACCACCGACCCCCAUGCCGUACCCAGCCUGGGGCCAGCCGUAUGGCCCGUACCCGCCAAUUCCCCCUCCGUACGGCAGCGCAGUCCAACGCCCAGUGGGACUAUCAGGCAUCCCGGGCAGCCCCACCGGUGUGGACGCCCUUCGUCGGCAAGGCUUCGCCCUCGACCCGCUGUAUGCUGAUUACUUCAAGUCUGAUAAAAAGGAUAGUAACGAUAGGCCUUAUUUCAGAAUGGGUGACGGGGACAAGAAGUCUUCCGAGGAACAGAAAUCGGCCAAGGGUAGCGGAGUACAGUGGAACACCCCAAAGUCGAAUUGGGAAAAGCUCCCGAGCAACAAGACAACAAUAACGACCAAUCCACCGGCUGGGCAUUCGCCAACAACGAUGACAACAACAAUAACGACCAAUCCACCGGCUGGGCAUUCGCCAACAACGAUGACAACAACAAUAACGACCAAUCCACCGGCUGGGAAUUCGCCACAACGAUGA